AUGUUCGCCCUGCUGCUCCAGUUUAUGAGUUUUCAAUUUAUGGCAGAUAAAACCCCUCAACUCGGGUUCGGAUCCACGGUCCCAAAAAUCUACGUGUUCUAUGCAUUCACAUUGGCUGUCACUGUUAUUAGCCUUAUUAUCACUGUACUGAUUGCCGCGAUGAGCAGAAUCAAGAGGAAGGUGCCUCCAGCUCAUCGUUUCACCCUUCUCGCUUCUGUUCUGAAUGCAAAUCUCUGCUGUGGAUCGGAAGAGGAACCUGUAACAGAUGGAACGUCGUCAAAGGUAAGGUAA